CAAAUUAUAUUUCUUCGUAAUUUUUAGAAAAAAUGGAUUGGUAUGAUCCCCUGCAGGAGAAGAAGGGAGGAGCUAGUCAGGUCCAGGUUCCUGAUCUAGAACUACUCCUGGAGAGAGACGGAUACCUUAGGGAUCAUGAACGUGAGAUCAGGCGAAGGUAUGGAAAUUUCGAAGAUUUUCUAACUCAGAUAGAAAAAGUGGAAGGAGGACUGGAUAAUUUUUCCUCAGGAUAUAAACAGUUCGGGCCACAGAUAAAUAUUCCCUCUGUUGGUUGUAUAACCUGGUUAGAGUGGGCUCCUGCAGCACACUCCCUUAAUCUUUAUGGAGAGUUCAACGAGUGGAAUAGAACCUCACAUCCUUUUCAGAAACUAGAUUUCGGCAGAUGGCAGCUUGUAUUGAAACCAGACAGUGAUGGAUCCCCGGCUAUUAAACAUUUACAGAAAGUAAAGAUACUCGUGAAUAAUGAAGACAGAAUCUCUCCUUGGGCAAACUAUGUUCUUCAACCUCCAAGAGAAAAACAAGAUUUUGAAGGUGUAUCAUAUGUUCAACAUUUCUGGAAUCCUGAAACCAGUUACAAGUUCAAACAUCCUAGACCUCACAAACACAAGAGUAUCAGAGUUUACGAGAGCCAUGUUGGAAUUUCCUCAUGUGAGGGAAAAGUGAACACUUAUACUGAUUUUACGCAGAAUGUACUGCCACGGAUAGCUAAGCUAGGGUACAAUACGAUACAACUUAUGGCUAUUAUGGAGCAUGCGUACUAUGGUAGUUUUGGAUAUCAGGUGACCAGUUUUUUUGCCCCCUCCUCCCGGUACGGGACGCCUGACGAACUGAAAGCUCUUGUUGAUGAAGCACAUCGCCUAGGCCUCACUGUUCUUCUUGACGUCGUCCAUAGUCAUGCCAGUAAAAAUGUUAGUGAUGGGUUGAAUAUGUGGGAUGGAAGUGAUGCAGGAUAUUUUCAUAGUGGAACCAGGGGUAAUCACGAGCUUUGGGACUCCAGGCUAUUCAACUACACUAACUGGGAAACACUAAGGUUUCUGCUCUCUAAUCUGAGAUUAUGGAUUGAAGAAUACGGGUUUGAUGGAUUCAGGUUUGACGGUGUGACGAGUAUGCUUUAUCAUAACCGAGGUUUAGGACAAGGGUUUUCAGGAGAUUAUAAUGAAUACUUUGGAUUAAAUACAGAUACAGAGGCUCUCGUCUACCUCAUGCUAGCAAACCAUCUAGUACACAAGUGUCUUGAGGAUGGGAUUACUAUUGCAGAGGAUGUCAGUGGUAUGCCAGCACUCUGUAGACCAGUAACUGAAGGGGGAACUGGGUUUGAUUACAGGCUAGCAAUGGCAGUACCGGAUAUGUGGAUCAAGAUUUUAAAGGAGCAGAGUGAUGAGGACUGGAAUCUGGAUUAUAUUGUUCAUACUCUUACCAACAGAAGAUGGAAGGAGGCCUGUAUUGGAUAUUGUGAAUCACAUGACCAGGCACUCGUUGGUGACAAAACCAUUGCUUUUUGGCUUAUGGAUAAGGAUAUGUACACUGGUAUGGGAUUAAAUGAACCAGCAAGCGAUGUUGUACAGAGAGGAUUAGCUCUGCAUAAGAUGAUCCGUCUGGUAACUCAUGGAUUGGCUGGAGAAGGUUAUCUGAACUUUAUUGGAAAUGAGUUUGGACAUCCAGAAUGGUUGGACUUCCCGAGAUACAAGUUCUUAAAUGAAUUUGAUGGAGCAAUGAAUAACCUGGAGGAGAAGUGUGGUUGGUUGAGUGCAGAUCCAGCAUUCGUGUCAACCAAACAUCAGGAGGAUAAGGUUCUUGUAUUUGAGAGAGCAGGAGUAGUAUUCUGCUUUAACUUCCACUGCACUAAAUCUUUCCCAGAUUACAAGGUCGGGGUUUGGGAAUCUGGAAAAUACAUGAUUGCUCUUGAUACAGAUGAUGCGAAGUUCGGCGGACUCAACAGAAGAGAUGCUACAGUUCCAGUACAUAGCUUUCCUCAGGAGUAUAAUGGUCGGAAAUGUCACAUGAUGGUUUAUCUGCCUGCUAGAACAGCGAUGGUGCUCCGUAGAGUUGGGGACUCAGACUUCAAAUAGCCUCACAAAUUCACAACAACAGGCUAAAUCCUUGUUCUAACAGAUGAAGUUUUGAAUCCUUUUUUGUUUUCUGUAUUUUAUUCGGUAGUAAUCUAGAACCAGUGAUGGAGGAGAGAAAUAAAAAAAAAGUAUUUUAUUAUUGUUUUAUA